AUGGGCUGGCGCUUCCAUAAUCCAGAUCGGCUGCGGCUGCGCCUUCCAGGGCCGUCUGAGCAGGCAGGCAGGGCAGGCAAGCCAGCCAGCAAUCUUGCUUCCAUCUCGCUCUCUCUCUUUGCCUCUCUCGCCUUGCUGGCCGUCUUCAUUUACCCAUCCGCCGCCCGCUUUUCCAUCCCGUCUCCCACCCUCUCUCUCUCCCUCUCCCAGACUCUUGUGCACGUUGUCCACGUCCAAUUGCCUCCCUCCCCCCAAAAUGUGCUACUGGUCGUGUUGAUUCCUGCUGUCGUGCCCUGCUCGUCUCUGAUUGUCCUGCCUGGACUUACGCUUCCGCCUCGCUGCUUGCCCUGCCGUGCUACAGCGUCUUGCGUCACUCACCACUCCUUUGUCCGCCUGAGCACACCGCGCCUCACAUCUUGUUGGCUGCCACCCGGCGCCCAACAAAACCCUUUAUUUCAACCAUGGCCGAGUAACUUUGUCUACGCUGCGCCUUUCCUGCACGCGGCCGGAACUUCGGGCACCGGCUCAGAUGCUCUGUCUCGUCCUCCUCUCUCCAAGAUGCGCUCUUCCACCUUGAGCACGCCCUCCAAGACCGUGACCAAAUCCGUCUCCACCCCCCAGCUCAACAAUUCUGCACAUGACCGCGUCGACAGUGAGGUCAUGAACACCAUUCCCGACCCUCGUGUUUCCACACCUCAACCUGCUAUUUCGCGCAACAACUCGACAGACUCCAACAUGCACCCGGAUCUUAGUCAAGAAGUCGCAACCCUCAGCACAAAACUCAUCAACGCCAUCAAUCACCAGACCAACCUUGACGAUACCCUUCAGCAGACUCGUCACGAGCGAGAUGCUGCGCAAGAAAAGCUAUCCAGGGUCGAAUUACGAUUGCGAGUGCACGAGGAGAAGAUGUUCAAAGGCUUGGUGGUGGACAGGGUCAUUUUCGACAAGAUGGAGAAGCAGAUGCGUAUAGAGCUGGACGAGGAAAGGAAGCGAAGGACCGCCGCUGAGAUCGCAAAGAGAAAAACUGACGCUGAAGUCGAGCAACUGACGGCAGCCUUGUUUGAAGAAGCUAAUGUCAUGGUAGCGGCUGCUCGAAAAGAAACCGAAGCUUCCGAGAAGCGCAACGAGCAACUGAAACAGCAACUCAACGAUGCCGAAACAUUGCAACUGUCUCUGCAAGAGCAACUCCAGGAUCUCAAGGGAGUCAUGGAGAAAAUGAGCUCUCAUGGCGACGACGAAAGCAACACGCUUACAACCACCACGGCGCCUUCGACUCCUGGCAUAUUACCGGCUGAUAAGAUGAGCAAGCUCUUUGACGGUGCCACUCCCAACACUCCUGGAACCGAUGACGUUACUCCCGAGCAUCCUUUGCACUUCUCCCAUCUCAUCCGCCCUGUACUCCGUUCCGACCUUACUGGCUUCAAAGAAUUCCAAGACAUGCUGAAAGUCAACCUACGCUCCGCCCCACCCAGUCGCGUAUCGAGUGGCAACUAUGGAAGCUUGAAUGCGCUUGGACUCGGGUCUCUGACGAAUAAUUCAACCAGCUCUCUUCCGUCGGUCAAGGGGCAGAAUGCUGGCGGCGCAGCAGGUGGACGCGAUUCUCCCGCACCCAUCAUGGUAACCAACCUGAAGGACGAAAAGUUCUACAAAAGAGCUGUCUCUGAAGACAUUGAGCCUACCCUUCGCCUUGACACUGCCCCUGGUCUUUCCUGGAUGGCCCGUCGCAGCGUAUUGAGUAGCAUCACAGCAGCAACCUUGGUAGUGGAACCCAAUCCACCACCACCCAAGUUCCGCGGUCCCGUAUUCGGCUGCUCUCUCUGCGGCGAGUCCAGGAAGGGGGAGCAGUAUUCGAGAAGGUUCAGGUUCAGGACCUCGGAAACCGACGAAACCCGGCAUCCUCUUUGCGAUUACUGCCUUGGUCGGGUUCGCUCGACAUGUGACUACGUAAGCUUCCUGAGAAUGGUGGCUGCUGGUCACUGGAGAGCGGAUACCGAAGAAGAGAGACUUGCAGCAUGGGAAGAGAGUGUGCGUCUCCGCGAACGAAUGUUCUGGUCCCGGGUUGGAGGAGGUGUCGUGCCAUCCUUUGUGCACAUGCGGGAAAGUCCACGCAGCCCGACGUUCAUCAAUGCAUCAAACAACUCCGACGGGACCAGGAAGAGUGAAGAGAGCCAGCUUUCUGAUAAACCACUCGACUCGGCCGUUGACAUGACUGAGCCCAAACUAAAAGACGAAGAGGACCCAUUCCAAUCGAAACCCAAAAACGAAACGAAAAGAGUAUCAAUCGGAAAGAUGAUCAUUCGGGGUGACACGGCAACUGAGGAAGUCUUGACGAAAGAGGACGAAGAGCAGAUUGAGAGGGAGGCAGAAGCACAGUUACAUGAAGAGGUGCGCAAGUCUGUCGACGCCAAACUAGCGACAAGCGACGGACCAGAAUCGAUUGCGCUUCCAGAAUCACGACCUGUGUCGCUUGCGCCAGCGCCGCCUGCAUCUUCCUCUCCGAAAGAGGAGAGACUGAGUUUAACCAUCCCCGGCUCUUUCAACUGAGCAUCGCAACAACUACGACAUGGAAUCCCGUUUUCGUCGCACCGAUCCAGCAUCAAUCAUAUCAUACUUGUCACAUAGGACAUUCGCUUAAUACUUGUACUACGACCGAU